GUCCAUAUCCAUGGCGACGGCGGCCGUCUCGCCUCCCGCGCCAAAACCCGAGCCCCCAGCUCCUUCCGACGACCUCCCUAGGUCACGCGAGGCAGUUUCAUGGGAUCCCCAAGCGCUAUGCAAGCAUGCCGAAACCUGCGAGUUGCAGUCGGAGGCCUUCUUUAUCGAUCCUGCUCUGCUUCCAACUCUAGAAGGUCAACUUCUCGAACUGUAUGGAAUCUUGCGCCCAAAGCCAGCCGACUAUGAGCAGCGGCGUACAAUGAUAGACGUCUUCAACAAAAUCGCCAAAGAUAUUUUUGGUGAAACAAAUGGCUUUCCAGUUGUAGAAGCGUUUGGGUCAUUCACGAUGGAUCUAUUUACUGCUAAAAGUGACCUCGACCUCUCUGUCAACUUUAGCAAUGAUAUGGAUGGUCAAUUUGCUCGCUUUGAUCAGAUUUCAGUUAUUAGGAAGUUGACAAAAGUUCUACGUAAGCAUCAAAGCAAUGGUCGUUGUUAUGGUGUUUUACCUAUUAUAAGUGCUAAAGUCCCCGUGCUGAAGGUUACUGAUAAGGGAACUGGGGUUGAGUGUGAUAUUUCUGUCGAAAACAAAGAUGGCAUGUCACGAUCAGAGAUAUUUAAACUUGUUUCAUCGAUUGAUGAAAGAUUUCAGAUACUUUGUUUUCUGAUGAAGUUCUGGGCUAAGACACAUAAUGUAAAUUGUCCCAAAGAUGGAACAAUGAGCUCAAUGGCAAUUAUCUCCUUAGUUGCUUUCCAUUUACAGACGCGGCAUCCUCCAAUAUUACCUGCAUUUUCUGGCUUAUUGAAAGAUGGUACAGACAUUGCAAGUAUUCAGAAGAACGUUGUGCUAUUGGGGGGGUUUGGGAGCCGUAAUAAAGAAUCUGUUGCUGAACUAUUUGUAUCACUAAUGAGUAAACUUCUAGCAGUGGAGGGUUUAUGGGAACAUGGGCUCUGUGCCAGCAAUUUUGACGGAUGCUGGAUCUCAAAGACCUCGGGAAGAGGAGUUGGUAGCUUGACCGUUGAAGACUUCUUGGACCGGUCUCAGAAUUUUGCCAGAGCGGUAGGGAAGGCUGAGCUGCGAACCAUCCAUGGAUGCCUAAGGAAAACUGUUUCCAAAUUGAGUGAUUUCUUUAAGGGUAACAUUGACGCACCGACACUGAAGAUCCGUAUAUUCGGUGCGCUAAAUCAGGAGGAUGUCCCAGCCAGGCAGCCCAGUCUGAAACCUGGUAAGAGCAAGAGGAAGAUGGACUCGCAACAUGAGAAGCAGAAAAAGAAAGGGAAGCACACCGCACAACCUGGCCGUUCUGCUACUGGCGCUACUCCAAAGUUACCAACUCCCGCUGUUGUGUUCCCGCUACCUGGCCAUUAUGCUCCUAUUUUACCAACUCCCACUGUGUUGAUGCCCCUUCCUCCUGUGCAUCAAGUGGGUUCCUCCCAACCAAUUUAUCAGUUUGGCCCCCUACCCCAGCAGCAUCCGUUUCCUCCUUCUCGGUUUGCUUACGGGUCGCCACAAGCGCAUCUGCAUCCAGGUGCUCAUAUGAUAGGCCAGCCACAAGGGAGUUUCAUCCACCCGAAUCCCGGGGCUCGACGGCAUCAGCAUUCUCCGCAUAUGCUUGCUUCUCUGCUAAAUCAUGGGGCGAUUAAUGGGUCAUCUCACCCCUAUGGUUUCAACGGGGCUCCUCAGAUCCAGUAUGAUGGCAAUGGCAGGCUGUUACCUUACGGAAUCAAUCCGAAUUAUUACCGGGGGGCAUGACAGGCGUGGCUUUCGGGGGAGGUCGAUGUAGCUAGCUAGGUAAUUGGUGGAAAUGUUGUUGUUGUUGUUGUUGAUCUGUUGUAGCAUGCGCAUUGCCAUUCACAUAGCAGUUUUGUUUUUGACUGGAGUGUAACGCUGAAAAGGCAUGGAAAACAGAAAGCGAAACGGCUUUAGGUUCUUCUGCGCUGGGCGGAUUGUAUGGUUAUUCUAGACUUAGUUACUGCUGAAAUCUUGAGAAAUUGUUGAUUGGCAGGAUGGAUGAAACUGUUAACUGUUUUGUAGUCCA